UCCCACCGCUGCUGCUAAUAACGGCAUUAUUUCAAGAGUUUGAUGAAAACCCAAGUCGCAUAGGCAUUAUUAAAAAAAAAAAUAGAAAGGGAGAGGGGAGAGAGAGCGAGAGAAAAAAGACCUGCGGAUUGAUCUACACUGUAUUUUGGGUAAAUAUAAUCACGUGGGACCUCGGAGCCAAUGGCACGCUAGGAAAGGCUGAAAAAAUAAUUACCUGCCCUGAUUGUUCUAUGAGAAGAUAAAAAGUACACAUACAGUUCAUACAAUAAUCUUAUGAAUGUAAAAGAGGGGGGAACAAUGUCGGCUUCGGGUCCCAUAAGCAACUAUUAUGUAGAUUCUUUGAUUAGCCACGAGAGCGACGACUUGCUGGCGUCCCGGUUCCCAGCUACUGGCUCUCAUCCUGCUGCAGCCCGACCGUCAGGAUUGGUACCGGAGUGUGCAGAUUUUCCGUCCUGCAGCUUUGCCCCCAAACCGGCCGUUUUUACCACUUCGUGGGCUCCCGUGCACUCCCAGUCGUCCGUGGUUUACCACCCGUACACCCACCAGCCACACAUUGGAACUGACACUCGGUAUAUGCGCACUUGGCUGGAGCCUAUCUCCGGCGCGGUCUCGUUCCCAGGUUUUCCAGCCAGCAGCCGGCACUACGGGCUUAAACCCGACGCCUUCCACGGCCGCAGGGACUGCGGACCCGUGGAUGGACGUAGUUACCCGGAUUAUAUGUACGGAUCCCCGGGAGAUCUCAGGGACAGAACCCCGCAGACUAUACCCUCUCCGGAAUCCGAGGCCGUCGCUUCCAACAAACACAAAGAAGAAAAGACCGAAUUGGACCCUAAUAAUCCUGUUGCAAAUUGGAUUCAUGCGCGUUCUACAAGAAAGAAAAGAUGUCCUUAUACAAAGUAUCAAACGCUGGAACUAGAAAAAGAGUUUUUAUUCAAUAUGUACCUAACUCGGGACCGCCGUUACGAAGUGGCCAGGGUUCUUAAUCUCACUGAGCGCCAAGUCAAAAUCUGGUUUCAGAACAGGAGGAUGAAAAUGAAGAAAAUGAAUAAAGAGAAAACCGAUAAUAAUAAUAAUAACAAAGAGCAGCAGUGAAACUGGCCACAUCCUUCCAGUCUGUGGAGAAAUCAAGGCGCUGCUGGUUUUUCCGAAGAAAGAAAUUGUUCCUGACUUUUUCCCCCUUAAUGUGCUGAUGAGUGUUUAGAAUUAGUUAAACACGCAAACCUUUCUGGAACAAAAAAAAUGAGAGAGACAGAGACAGAGGGAAAGAGAAACAUAAAAAGUGCUUUUCUUUACA